AGGCAAUUUUUAAUAUAUAAUGAAGAUCACAAGCGCUGCGUGGAAGCAUUAAGUCCCAGCGCGGUCCAAACAGCCGUUUGUAAUCAAGACAACGAAGCACAGAAGUUCCGAUGGGUGUCUGACUCGCGGAUUAUGAGCGUGGCGUUUAAAUUAUGUCUGGGGGUACCAUCAAAGACGGAUUGGGUUGCUGUCACUCUGUAUGCCUGUGAUCCGAAGAGCGAAUUUCAGAAAUGGGAGUGCAAAAAUGACACGCUUUUGGGGAUCAAGGGAGAAGAUUUAUUUUUUAACUAUGGCAACAAACAAGAAAAGAAUGUUAUGCUUUACAAGGGCUCCGGUUUAUGGAGCAGGUGGAAAAUCUAUGGAACCACAGAUGAUUUAUGCGCCAGGGGUUAUGAAGACAUGUACACGCUGCUGGGCAAUGCCAAUGGGGCAACCUGUGCAUUUCCAUUCAAGUUUGAAAACAAGUGGUAUGCAGAUUGCACGAGCGCUGGGCGAUCAGAUGGAUGGCUCUGGUGUGGAACCACCCCAGAUUAUGACACAGACAAGCUAUUUGGAUAUUGUCCAUUGAAAUUUGAGGGCAGUGAAAGCUUAUGGAACAAAGACCCGUUGACUGGCAUUUCCUACCAGAUAAACUCCAAAUCAGCUUUAACUUGGCAUCAGGCAAGGAGGAGCUGCCAACAACAAAGUGCCGAGCUCCUGAGUAUCACAGAAAUCCACGAGCAAACGUACCUGACAGGAUUAACCAGUUCCUUGACUUCCGGCCUCUGGAUUGGACUUAACAGCCUGAGUUUCAACAGUGGCUGGCAGUGGAGUGGUGGGAGUCCAUUCCGGUAUUUGAACUGGUUACCAGGAAGUCCAUCAACAGAACCUGGAAAAAGCUGUGUGUCAUUAAAUCCUGGGAAAAAUGCUAAAUGGGAAAAUCUGGAAUGUGUUCAGAAGCUAGGCUAUAUUUGCAAAAAAGGCAACACAACUUUGAAUUCUUUUGUGAUUCCCUCUGAAAGUGAUGUGCCCGCUAACUGUCCAAGCCAGUGGUGGCCAUAUGCAGGCCACUGUUACAAGAUUUACAGAGAGGAGAAGAAAAUCCAAAGAGAUGCCUUGACUGCAUGUAGGAAGGAAGGUGGUGAUCUAGCCAGUAUCCACAGCAUCGAGGAAUUUGACUUUAUCUUCUCCCAGCUGGGAUAUGAGCCAGAUGAUGAGUUAUGGAUUGGCUUAAAUGACAUCAAGAUCCAAAUGUAUUUUGAGUGGAGCGAUGGCACCCCAGUAACAUUUACUAAAUGGCUGCGGGGGGAACCAAGCCAUGAAAACAACAGGCAGGAAGAUUGCGUUGUAAUGAAAGGCAAGGACGGGUACUGGGCGGAUAGGGCUUGUGAGCGGCCUCUUGACUACAUCUGUAAGAUGAAAUCUCAAACCCAACCUUCAGGAACAGUAGAAGUAGAAAGCGGCUGCCGGAAAGGCUGGAAAAGACACGGCUUCUACUGCUACUUGAUUGGACACACACUUUCAACAUUUGCAGAAGCAAACCAAACCUGCGUAAAUGAGAAGGCUUACUUAACAACUGUUGAAGACAGAUAUGAACAAGCAUUUCUAACUAGUUUGGUUGGAUUGAGGCCUGAAAGAUAUUUUUGGACAGGACUUUCAGAUGUACAAAACAAAGGCACCUUUCAGUGGACCAUUGAGGAAAAGGUUCAGUUCACCCACUGGAAUUCAGAUAUGCCAGGGCGAAAAGCAGGAUGUGUCGUCAUGAGAACUGGACUUGCAGGGGGCUUGUGGGAUGUUGUGAGAUGCGAAGAGAAAGCAAAAUUUGUGUGCAAACACUGGGCCGAGGGAGUAACUCGCCCACCAGAGCCCACAACAACUCCCGAACCCAAAUGUCCGGAGGAAUGGGGCGCCAGCAGUAAAACGAGCUUGUGUUUCAAGCUGUUUGCAAAAGGAAAACACGAGAAGAAAACAUGGUUUGAAUCUCGAGAUUUUUGUAAAGCUCUGGGUGGUGAUCUAGCUAGUAUCAAUAAUAAAGAGGAACAGCAAGCAAUAUGGCGAUUAAUAGCGGCUACCGGGACGUACCAUGAACUGUUUUGGUUGGGACUUACGUAUGGAAGUCCUUCAGAGGGCUUUGUUUGGAGUGACGGUUCUCCUGUUUCAUAUGAAAAUUGGGCUUAUGGAGAACCUAAUAAUUAUCAAAAUGUUGAAUACUGUGGCGAGUUGAAAGGUGACUCUGGUAUGUCCUGGAAUGAUAUUAACUGUGAACAUCUUAACAACUGGAUUUGCCAGAUACAAAAAGGACAAACACCAAAACCUGAGCCAACACCAGCUCCUCAAGACAAUCCGCCAGUCACCGAAGAUGGGUGGGUUAUCUACAAAGACUACCAGUAUUACUUUAGCAAAGAAAAGGAGACCAUGGACAACGCCCGAGCAUUUUGCAGGAGGAACUUCGGUGAUCUUGUUUCUAUUCAGAGUGAAAGUAAAAAGAAGUUUCUAUGGAAAUAUGUAAAUAGGAAUGAUGCACAACCAGCAUAUUUUAUUGGCUUAUUGAUCAGCUUGGAUAAAAAGUUUAUUUGGAUGGACGGAAGCAAAGUGGAUUAUGUGUCUUGGGCCACAGGUGAACCGAAUUUUGCAAACGACGAUGAAAAUUGUGUGACCAUGUAUUCAAAUUCAGGGUUUUGGAAUGACAUUAAUUGUGGUUAUCCAAAUGCCUUCAUCUGCCAGCGUCACAACAGCAGCAUCAAUGCCACGGUCAUUCCUACCGUGCCUGCAGUCCCAGGAGGUUGUAAGGAAGGCUGGAAUUUUUACAAUAACAAGUGUUUCAAAAUCUUUGGAUUUGUUGAAGAAGAAAGAAAAAAUUGGCAAGAGGCACGAAAAGCUUGCAUAGGAUUUGGGGGCAAUCUGGUAUCGAUCCGCAAUGACAAAGAACAAGCAUUUCUCACCUAUCACAUGAAGGACUCCAAGUUUAACGCCUGGACUGGGCUGAAUGAUGUGAAUUCAGAGCACACGUUCCUGUGGACGGAUGGUCGAGGAGUUCAUUAUACAAACUGGGGGAAAGGUUACCCUGGUGGGAGAAGGAGCAGUCUGUCCUACGAAGAUGCUGACUGUGUUGUUAUUAUUGGUGGGAAAUCAAGGGAUGCAGGAAAAUGGAUGGAUGACACGUGUGACAGUAGGCGGGGCUACAUAUGCCAAACACUUCCUGACUCUUCCUUGCCUGGUUCUCCAACAACAAUUCCAACAGAUGGCUUUAUUAAAUAUGGUGAAAGUAACUAUUCACUCAUGAAAUUAAAGUUACAGUGGCAAGAGGCGGAAAAUUAUUGCAAGCUCCACACUUCCCUUAUUGCUAGCAUUCUGGACCCCUAUAGUAAUGCAUUUGCAUUUAUGCAAAUACAAAAAGUUAACGAACCCGUGUGGAUCGCCCUGAACAGUAACUUGACCAAUAAUGAGUACGCUUGGACUGAUAAAUGGAGGAUGAGGUACACUAACUGGGCUGCUGAUGAGCCCAGACUGAAAUCAGCAUGUGUUUACAUGGAUCUCGAUGGCUCCUGGAAGACAGCACAUUGCAAUGAAAGUUUUUAUUUUCUCUGCAAAAGAUCGGAUGAAAUCCCUGCCACCGAACCUCCACAACUGCCUGGCAGGUGCCCAGAGUCUGAGCACACAGCAUGGAUUCCCUUCCAUGGUCACUGCUACUAUAUCGAAUCUUCAUACACAAGAAACUGGGGCCAGGCUUCUCUGGAAUGUCUCCGAAUGGGCUCUUCUUUGGUUUCCAUUGAAAGUGCUGCUGAGUCAAGUUUUCUGUCAUAUCGAGUUGAGCCACUUCAAAGCAAAACCAAUUUUUGGAUAGGAUUGUUCAGAAAUGUCGAAGGAAUGUGGAUGUGGAUAAACAACAAUCCAGUUUCCUUUGUCAACUGGAACACAGGAGAUCCUUCUGGUGAACGAAAUGAUUGUGUAGCUUUAUCCGCAGCUUCUGGAUUUUGGAAUAAUAUUCACUGUUCUUCCUACAAGGGGUAUAUUUGUAAAAGACCAAAAAUUGUUGAUGCUGAACCUACUCAUGCAUUAAUUACCACAAAAGAAAUAUGCAGCGAGGCCAGCACCUGUUACGAUCAGGAGGACCACAAUGACCACGACUCCUGCCAUGUUGGAAGCUGUCAGAACGCCUUCCCGACACACAGCAACAUCUCAGCACUCAGGGGUUUCUACGAGGGCCGAGAGGAGGCAGGAGAACAGGUCUGGGGAGGCCAGGGUGGCAUCAGCUGCCUGUGUCCUUCCCUUCGACAACUCAUGCCCCACGAUGACCCCCACUUCUCGGUGUUCACCUCCUUACGGUACCCGUCUCCCCUGCCCCCCGUGGGUGGGAUAUGUGAUUCCUUUCUGACCAGUGAAAUAGGAAAUGUCCCUCUGCGAUUAGAAUUCGCUCCUUCUUCGUCCUUCUGGCUCCAGCCCUUGGCCUCCAGCUCCUUAAGUCCCUGGGGCCACAUGCAGUGUCGUUUCUGCCUUCCGGACGCUCCCUUGCUGUCCCCAGCGGACUUCAGCUAUGUCACGUGCCUCACUUCUCGGGAGCCUGGAAAAAUACAACCAUGUUUGAGAAAGGUUGGUUUCAGGCUUGUCGGGGAAGCAGACGGCUGCGACCCGGAGUCAGGAGAAGGUGACACCAGCCGUGUUCCGCCAAGUGUCUCCUUACCCUUUAUUAUUUCCACUUUCUUCCGAUCCGCCUGCCGGCCCUCCGCGGUUUGGCUGGACUUGGGGCCACAUCCAGGGCUUCCCCCCGACCCACCUGAACGUCAUCUCAACGGGGACAGGGACAGGGACGUGGUCGGUGGCUGA